AAUAAAUCAUCAAUUCAAUGAAUAUGAUAUAUUUACAUCGAAUUUAAUAAAUAUACAAAAAAAAUCAUCUAAUUUAACAUUAUUUAAUAUAAAAGAUUCAAUACCAAUAUCAGCUAUAUCAUUAGCUAUUGUAUUUGAUUCAACUGGUUCUAUGGGUAAUGAUUUAAAACAAGUGAAAAUUGGUUCAAGACGUAUAUUACAAAGACAUUUACAACGUGGUGAAUCAAAUUAUAUAAAAGAUUUUGUAUUAGUUAAAGUACAUGAUCCAGAUGUUGGACCAGCUAAAGUGACAACAUCCACUAAAACAUUUUACGAAUAUUUAGAUAAUGUUUAUACUCAAGGUGGUGGUGAUUGUCCAGAAAUGACAAUAACUGGCAUUGAAUUAGCAUUGGAAGCAUCUAGACCAAAUUCAUUAAUUUAUGUUUUUACAGAUAGUAGCGCUAAAGAUUAUAAUCGUACAGAGAAAGUGCUCAAUUUAAUACAACAAAAACAAAGUCAAGUUGUAUUUGUUCUAACUGGAUUUUGUAAUACAACGGAUGAACCUGGUUUCGAAGCAUAUCGUCAAAUUGCUACAGUUAGCUCUGGUCAACUUUAUAUUAUUGGUAAAGGUCAAGUUAAUGAAUUUAUGCAAGUGGUUGAAGCUGCUGUUGAAGCACGUAAAGUACAUAUACUUCAACAAGAUACAUUGAAUACCGAAUCAAAAACUUAUAGUUUCCCAGUCGAUUCUCAUUUAUCACAAUUAACUAUACAAGUAACAAAUCAUCAACGUGAUCGUGCAAUCAAUGUAAAAAUUCGUAAUCCUGAAGGAAAAUUAAUUGAUAAAGAAGAUGGUCUAAAACAAUUAAUGAAAGCUGUAAAAUCUGUAUUUGUUGGAUCAAUUGAUCGACCUAAACCAGGUCAGUGGACAUUAGAAGUUGGCAUUGAUACAGAAGAAAUUGAUUCAGAAAUAAUGGAUAUGAAUAACGACAAUAAUAAUAAUAUUAAUAAUGAUCAUCAUUUACAACGUGAACGAUGGAUUUCUGUUCGAGUUUCUGGUAUAAGUGAUGUUGAUUUUUUGCAAGGAUUUUCAACAACACCAAAAUUGUAUAAUUAUGGUGCAUCAACACAGCCGAUUGCAGGUGUUCAAAAUUACAUUAUGGUUAAUAUGACUGGACGAUUUCUACCAGGACAAAUUGAUCAUUUUGAUAUGCGUGGAUCAAAUGGUUCAUCAAUUGUACGAUUACCUGUACAACAAACUGAAACAUUUCAAAUUUAUGUUAGUCAACAAGCAAUGGAACCAAUUACUGGUCACAAUUAUCUUGAAGUAUCUGGACGUGAUGGACAAGGCUAUCCAUUUCAACGUUGUUCUAAAGUAGCAUUAUCUUCUAGACAACCACAACAAAUUGUUGUUACAUGUCCAGCACAAAUUGAUGUUAGAAGAGGAGCUACAGCAGAAUUAUCAUGUUCUGUAACAAGUGAAAUACCAUAUACAGUAAAAUGGUUUAAAGAUAAACAACCAAUUACAGGAUAUCAUGAUGAAAAUAAAGUUUACAAUUUCCCAACUAAUGUUUUGUAUACAAUUACUGAUGUCAAUGAAGAAUCACAUGGGAUUUAUUCAGUCGAAGUAAUACCUACAGUUACUGAUGAUGAGAAAAAGAUUGAAGGUCAAUAUAAAGAUGAAAUAUCUGUGAAUAUAUUACGUAAGUUUAUAUUUGAGCAAACAAACCAUUCUAUUUAGAUGAUUUUACAAUAAUUAUACAUGAAUGGUGGGAAU